AUGAUCAAACCAAAAGGUCGUCCAGCUUCUCAAUGUCAUCACUGCCGAGAUAACAGGAAGCACAAGAGUAUUCACGUUACUUGCACUUGUGGAAAGAAGAAUAAAUUAUCACGCUCAUCGUCUUCAACUUCGAUAAAUUCAUCUACUAUACAUGUAACAGACUGUGCUUGUCAUAAAACUAGUCACUGCACCUGUUCUGGCUCACUGUCAGCAGGUGCGUCAUCCAAGAAGAACAAGGAAACGGAUUCAGCAAAGAUGAGGGCAUUGUUGGAGGGUGAUAUUGUCAAAAGGUCGAAUUCCUUACCAACGCGACAGACCUCAAUAAGAAAAACCUCACCUGGUGAAAUCGGCACUUCAUCCUCUUCUCGUGCAGACACUCAUUUGCAAGAUCAAAUGGAUUAUGGAUUUAUACGUCCAAAUGAGACACAACUUUCAAACCCUGAAUUAAGCGACAACUUUGUCAUUGAAGAUAUAUUGAUGCCCUUUGAAACCAAGAAGGGGUUAUUCGAUUUGUUUAACAAACAAGAUGAUCAAGAAGGGUCGAGUUUUGGAGGAGCCGGUAAUAGCAGAGAUGACAUAAGCCAACAAUUUAGCGAACCACAGUAUAACCAACAAGGUAUACUACAAGAAGAGAAUGACUCGCCGACAAGUCGUGUAAAGCAGGAAGAUACCAGUGAAAGAGCUUCAGUAUUUAGUCCUGAAGGUUCUGAUCCUAGCCCUGCUGGUUUUGAAGUUGUAGACCACAUGUUCCCCCUUUUCCCACUCAUAGGUGGUCCAAGUUUUGAUAAUGAGAAUAAACCCUUGCUGGGAUUACCUACUAACACGAAGAAACCUGUCCCUCAUCAACCUACACCAGUACGGCCGCUGUUGGCAACCCAAAAUACCGACCUGAAUAGCUCAUUACCCUCAGCAACCGAAUCGAAUCAUAAUAUUAAUUUCGGUAGUAGUUUUGACAACAACCCACAACAAACUUAUUUUAACCAACAACUGCGAGGUCCCAAACGUCCUGAAAGUGUUUUAUCGAUAGCAUCCAAUUCAUCGGCAAGGUCAUUUGAUUUCAUGGGUAAUAGCUUCAACAAUUAUAAUAACACACUUAUUAAUGGUGGCAUUCCUUCAUCGGCCACCUCCACAGCUUAUCCACCUUCGGUCAAUGACGAACAAAAUUUUGCAGGGCUUGAACAGUACGAAGAGAACAACACUAUGCAUCAUCAUUUCGGCAAGACUGGACUAGGUGCUAAUAAAUUUGGCUCACAGUUGAGUAAAAUAGAGAGUGAAAUGUACACUGACACAUUUUUUGACGAGAAUGGCAACGAAGGUUUUGGCGAUGAGGCUAUGAAUUUUGGAGAAACAGAUGCAAAAAUACAAGAACAACCACCACCACAAGGGCCCGAUGUGUUAUUGCAAACAACAAAUUUUUACCCGACAAGCAACGACGACUACAAUACUGAGAAUGGCAGUUUUACCGAUGGUCGACAAGCUGGAGCAGUAGCAUCUGAUCUGACCAACUCAUCAGGCAAUGAACCGGCAUCGCAAAACAAUUCACUCAGUGAUUUAACUUAUUCGAAAGAGGGUGCACAACAUUUGGAAGAUUCUAAUACGACUGGACUAAUUGGUGGAGAAAUACCAUUGUUUCAGGGAUUUGCUAUACCAUUGGCAAAUACUCCGAAAUGA